ACAAGUUAGUCCGGGCGAUCUAGCUCGUAUUCUGAUAACUAACUUGACUCGAAAUCUUGUCUUUUCUCGCUGUAACAAUGCAAGUCCGAGGUCUUCUUUAGGAAGUGCUUGUUCCCCGAAUCUGCUCCCGGGACUACACCCAAUUGCGCACAGCAAUCUAGAUAAAGAUUAUCUGGGCACCUACUGGCGGUCAAGGAUUGCUUCAGUUACUUUACAAUGUCUUUGAUCUCCGCUUUUCGCCCGCCCUCAGUGAGAGGCUCGUCCCUUCAUCGACGAACGUGGCAUAGGAGGAAGAAGAGUAGGCAGAUGGAGCCUGAACCACCAGCUGAGGAGCUAGAUCCAGAUGCCCAUUCGAUCAUAACCCCGUCCAAGCAUACCCCAAAACCUAUUCGCUUGCUGAAAGGCAGCGUAGCGGCUGGUGGGCCUCUACGUCCAUUUAGGCUGUUGAAACAGGAUAUUGUGAAUAUACGACGGCGGUGGGUGUCGGACUGGACUGUCUUCAAUCAAUUGAUCUUUGCCAGUGCCGUUUAUGUGUUCUUUACCAACCUGCUACCGGGAAUCACUUUCGCUAGUGAUCUAUAUGUCCUCACUGGAAAGAACUGGGGGACAAUAGAAGUUGUCUUCAGUACAGGGAUCUGCGGAAUUAUUUUCUCUUUAUUUUCUAUUCAGCCACUAACGAUAUUGGGUGUAACUGGCCCAUUCUCGGUUCUGGCCGAGAACAUAUACUCACUGUGCAAUGACUCGUUCAAGAUUCCUUUUCUUCCUUUUAUGGCGUGGUCACUCAUCCAUUCUGCUUGGCUGCAUUAUCUCCUCGCCAUAAUUAACGCCCACGACUGGACCAUGCGUUAUGUGACCACGUUCUCGACCGAAAUAUUUUCUCUUUUGAACAGUAUUAUUUAUUUCCACAAAGCCAUCCAGGAAUUACAAAGAGCGCAUGACAGCUUGUCAUUUGCGGCGUUUCUAUAUGCAGUGAUUGGCGCUGUUGGGACUAUGCUCCUUGCAAUCUUUCUCUCAACCGCGGAGAGCUGGAAACCCUUAUUUCACCGCUAUAUUCGUCUCGGCCUGACAGAAUAUGCUGCUGCUAUUUCUAUCAUAAUUUUCAUCGGUCUUCCUUACAUUGGGGAACUAAAGCAGCUGGACAAGAUGACUCUACAGGUCAGCACCUCGUUCAAGCCCACAUCCCCCGAACGGGAUAGAUUUUUCGUCGAAUUUUGGAAAUUACCGGUGGCAUGGAUCUUUGGUGCUCUUAUACCUGGGCUUAUCAUCACGGUACUCUUCUUCUUCGACCAUGAGGUCAGUUCCAUAAUAUGUACCAUCGACCGGUAUGGCACCCGAAAGCCAGGCGGGUUCGCUUGGGAUAUUGUCUUACUAGGCACAACAACGGCUAUGUGUGGUAUUCUUGGAAUACCGCCAGCAAAUGGCUUGUUACCUCAGGCUCCUCUCCAUUCAGAGUCCUUGAUGCACGCAGAACGGGAACAGGUCACAGUCAUUGUUGACGGAGAGGAAAAAGUCGAAAAUCGAGAAGUACGACGAGUCUAUGAGCAAAGAUGGUCGUCUUUUUUACAUGCUGGAGGCGUUCUUCUCUUCGUCAGUCCGCCAUUUAUGCAUGUCCUAGGAUUGACACCCACAAGUGUGCUAGCUGGAUUGUUCAUGUUUAUGGGAGAGCAAAGCUUAUCCGUCAACCCAAUUCUAUACCGAACAUUCUAUCUACUCACACCACCCUCUGAGCUCCCUGCACUUCCACCCGCCCUCGGGUCUACAUCACACUCAGAUUCAUCCUCUGAGUCCUCGCCGGCUAAAAGGCCCUCUUACCUACCCAUUCACAUCUACACGAUCCUGCAGAUCAUCCUCACAGUAGUGAUAUUCAUCGUCACGCUGACGCGCGGCGCUCCUGUUUUCCCAGUCCUCAUCAUAGCCCUUGUCCCAUUCCGCCUCCUAAUCAUGAAACGGUGGUGGAACCGGGAGGUUCUCCGCUUUGUCGACGCCUGGGCCUGUCGCGAGGGAACACCUGAAGACGACGAAGAUGCCGAGAGACGAGCCGCUGAGGAAACGGAAGAGAGGGGCGAUAACAACCGACGUGGUAGUGAUAGCGGUGCCGAACGAGGUCUUUGGGAUUCCAAUCCUGUCGACGAAACUCAAAGCGAGAGACCUCAUCCAGUUCAAGAUUAUGAGCAUGAUAUGCGUGAAACGGCUGAUGUUAGUGAUGAAUGGAUCGAGCUGGGAAUUCGAGUCCCCAAAAAUGAUGGGACUGGAACCAGCGCGAAGUUAUCACCUGUUAUUGGCAGCCAGAAGGAUUGACUACAUAUUUACUUAUGGAGAUCUCAUGUUCUUAUGUGUAUAUAAGCAUAGAAUUUGCCGGCUAUGUGUACAGUUGUGUGUGAGCAGAUCAAUAUACCCAACGGGUGAUAACUUUGUAUAAUCAUUGAUGUAACAUUGACAUUGCCCCUCAGGAAGAAUCGCUAGUCUUCUGGAGGGUCAAGUGUAAACGGUCCAUCGAGUUAAUUAGUGGUGACAGGCUUCGCUUGCUUUCAUCUAGAGUACCAGGCCAUGUGUAACAACAUAUGAG